CCACCAAUCAAUAGAGAAAUGAAAGAAUUGGACCGUUCAUUUUUCCAUAAAGAAUUUGCAGUUGUUAAAGCAAGUUUUAGAGAUCCAAGAGAUAUUGGAAAAUUUUUGAGAAAGUAUCCACAAGAUAUCUUGAAUAUUCCUGGGGUCCGUAAUGUCAUAAAGAUUAAACCUUUCAAUAGUAGAGCUGUUUUAUUGACGGAUAGAUUAAGAAUGCCAACUGACGCUGAAAAUGUCCUGAGUAAAGAUUGUUUGUAUUAUAUGAAAAAACAACAACAUCCUGUACGUUUAAUGAGUCAUUUAUUGGAAUUAGAUUAUGAAUUUUGGAGAACUGAUCAAAUUUUGGGUGCUGUUUUACCAGAAGAAUUAUUAGAUGAUAUACCAUCAGGCUUUACUCAAACUGGUCAUAUUGCACAUGUUAAUUUAAGAAAAGAAUUCAAACCUUACAAACAUUUAAUUGGACAAGUGAUAUUGGAUAAAAACCCAAGCAUUAGAACUGUUGUGGAUAAAGUUGAUUCCAUCGCAACUGUUUAUAGAACAUUUGAAAUGGAAGUUUUAGCUGGUGAAGAUGAUAUGAUUGUGGAACAUAAGGAAUCAAAUUGUAUUUUCCGUUUUAAUUUCCAAAGCGUUUAUUGGAAUUCAAGAUUACAUUCUGAACAUGAAAGAUUGAUUAAUCUUUUCCAAGAAGGUGAAGUCGUUUUCGAUGUGAUGGCUGGUGUUGGUCCUUUUAGUGUUCCAGCUGCUAAAAGAAAUGUAAUUUGUUUUUCCAAUGAUUUAAACCCUGAAUCUUACAAGUAUUUGAAUGAAAACAUUAAAUUGAAUCAUGUCACUUCAAUUUACCCAUAUAACUCAGAUGGUCAUGACUUUAUCAAGAAUUGUUUUUCAAUUCUUCAAGAAAAAAGAGACAAACAAAAUGGUGAAAUUGUUGUCAUAACACCAGAAAAAAGAAGAAAAAAGGGUAAAAAAGCUAUAAAAGAUGGUGAUGAUAUUAAACAAUUAUUAAAAGAUCAUAAGAAGGUGUUACCAAUCCCAAAAUUCAUUAAUCAUUUUGUAAUGAAUUUACCAGAUAGUGCUAUUGAAUUCCUUGGUGAUUUUAAUGGUAUUUAUGAAGGACAAAAAGAAUUUUUAGAGAGUUGUGAAGGUUUCAAAUUACCAAAAGUUCAUGUUUAUUGUUUUGAAAAAUUUAGCCCAGAUGAACCUGAACCAACAGAAGAAGAUUUACAAAAAAGAGUUUUAGAAAGAAUAAAGAAACAAUUACAAAAUGAUGAUUUAAAUUAUGAAGAUGUGUUGUUUCAGUUGGUCAGAAAAGUUUCACCAACAAAACCAAUGUAUCGUGCAUCAUUUACAUUACCAGAAGCUGUUGCAUUU